AUGAAUCCGGUUCCUUUUCAUGUGACUCCUGUUGCACCACCUCCUCCUUGGUUCCCGAUGUUACCCCCUAAUCCACCGCAGUCGACUCCUUUUUGGGACACAAAAAAUGCUCAUGAUCGGCUGAAAGAGUUACAAGACACUUUGAAUCUAGCUACAGCAAUGCAGAAAGAACUUGAGAUGUUGAUGGCAAUGAAAGGUGAUGAAGGGUCUGUGGAAAAUGGGAAAAGGGAGUCUGCUGACCCUUAUGCUGAUGGGUUUUACAAGUAUUUGGAAGACAGGAAAAUUUAUUUGGAAACACAGGAAUCACUUUCAGUAAAUGCUGCAAACACAUUGAUGUCAAGAUUAAGAGCUCAAUUAGAGCCAUUUAGAGUUAUUGUAGAUGCUGCCACUCCAUGGGAAGAGAAAUCAGCAGCAGCUAGGUUGUCUAAUAAAAUAUUGAAGUCCAAGCGUAAUAAACUUUGGAGGAAGAGGAAGAGAAAACGUGCUGCAGAAAUUCAGGCAAAGGAGCAUGAACAAUUUAAUCAAGCUGAUCGUGAAGCUGAUGAGUGGAGGGCUAGGGAGAUCUCAAAAGAUGCUGCACAACUCAAGGUGGAAACGAUGAAAGAAAUUGCAAAGGUUAAAGAAAAAGAAGAGAGGAAGAGGCUAGAAUCUGAGCUUGAGUUGGUAUUGGUUGUGGAGAAGUUGAAAGAAUUGCGUUCCAUCAGGAUUCAAAAAUUGAAGAAACAAGGACAUUUUCUCCCAGAGGAGGAUGACAAGUUUCUUGAGAGAGUUCGAGCUGCUGUUGAGGAAGAAGAGCGCCAAGCAAUGGCUGCAGCUGAAACAGAUGCUGCCAAGGAUGCCAUUGCAACUGCUGAGGAAUCUAGGAAAACAAUCCAGAGUGGUGGACUGCACUCAAAAGAUGCAAGUGAUUAUAAAGAUGGAAUGAAGGAAAGUAAUGAUGAAAUAAAUGAGAGCAAGGACAAUUUAGGCUCUGGUACAGUCCCUGGUCCAUCCGAAGAAAAAGGAUCUAAAGGUCAAAUUUAUGGUGGAGCAUAUGAUUCCAUAGCAAAUUUACCAAUUGAAUUCUACCACUAUUAUCAUGGUAGCAAUAAUGAUAUGGGGACACUUAUUGAGGUCAGAAGAACAUGGGAUGCGUAUAUAAGACCAGGAGGAAGCUGCAUACCAGGGCACUGGGUUCAGGCACCACCUCCGGCAGAUGGUAUAUGGGCAUCCUACCUCGUUAGGCCUAAAUGA